AUGGACGGCCUAUCCGGUGGGAUCAGACAACUCGCUUUUCAAAAGCUUGCUGCGUUGGCAGUCGAGUCCCCCCACAAUGGGACGGAGCUGACUCGCCUCGCGCAGCAGUCGCGACCUGCUCGUCAGGGUGAUAGUGCUCUCAAUGGAGUUUUGAGAGACCAGGCUCCGACCUCGCGGGUUCCCAUGGGAAUCCGUGAACUAGAUGUCCUCCUUGCCCUAUGCAAGGCGGCCGCGUCAGUCAAAGAUGCGGAUAAUGCCUCUCAAUUGGCCUCCCAGCUCUCCCGUUACCUCCCAGAGUCCCACAGCCAGCUGUUUCGGUCUUCGCCAUUCCUUCAUAGUAUAAAACCAUCUCCAUGGGAGUCCCUCACCCAUAAUCUGGCCCUGGCCCUCUUGUUCCUGGGCACGAAGUAUCCAGAAAUUCGGAAGACCUCUCUUGAUGCCGUGCAUGGGUACUUGAAUAAUUGCGCAGAGGCCAUUAAUGCGGUCACACCUUUCCAAUAUUCCAAGUCUGAUGGACAUGGUGUGGUCCAUGAAUCUGUGGUCGUUUUGUCGAUUGCGGUUUCACUCGUCGGUUUUAUGGAAGCUGCAGCCCAGUACACUUCUAUCUGGCUUGCGAGCGAGAAACUGCAAGUAGUCGAUCAUUUACGUUCUAUGUUAUCUGAGCCUUUCAUCAUUGCAGUUGAGACGGCUUCCUCUACCCUUCGGAAUACUCACUCUGCGGAACCCGCCUUCAGAGAUUGGAGGAAAUACACCCGUCGAUACGCAGCUCAUGGCCGUCCAUUGGGCGCUAUGCUCGUUCAAGAUGGCUUCAUGCGAUUCGUGAAGUCAUGCGCAGCCUCCCUUAUGGAUUCCCAGCACUUGACCGAUGAACAGCUUCUAGAUGAUUACAUGACUGGUGUCGGCAUUGCCAAGAGUUAUGAUGAAGAUGAUAUUGCUCUGAUCGAGCGCGUCAUCGAUAUUAUCAGCGAGGAAAUCCACUUGCUCGAAGAUGGUGCUGAUUACUUGAAAGUCGGCUCCCCUUGGCAACAGCGUCUUGCCUUCUCUGUUAAGGGACAUGCUCUGGUUGGGUUCCUCAACUGCGUGAUCCUUGGUGAAGAUGCGACUAACAACGAUGUGCUGCUGUCUUGGCUCGAAGAUGCAUUGCUUGACCCCCAGCAAAUGUCAAAUGUGGAAUUGGCCGUAACUUCUUUGAAAUGCACUGCAAUUGUCGCGAGAAUGUCGCCAAAUGGCGCUUCCGUUGGAAGACGCUGCCUCUUGAGGUUCCUUUCUCAGGGAGGCGUGUCGGCACGUCAAACAGUUGCAGUCGCAUCCCGAUGCCUUGCUCAGAUUCUGACCAUCCUUUCUGAGGAUGCAGUGAUUACAACACUGUAUUCACUUGGAAACGCGUUGAGCCCGGCCACCAACGUCGAUCAAUCGAGCCAGGACCAACUCGCUGGAGAUCAUACCGGACCGGGCAUGAACCUCGAAGGUUACAGGAAACCCGAGAGCCGUACUUCUCUGGACGUUGAAGGUGAAGGCGAAACUGUCACUUACCGAAAUGUCAUACAUGCCAUCGUAACAAUCGCGACAAGCUGCAACGACGAUAAGAUCAGCGCAUUGGCUCAGUCCAUGCUUCUUCAAAAGAUUGGUAAGAUCAAUGUUGCAGUGGAUGCAUAUAUCAUCCAAGAGACUGCAGUUCUUGCGCUCAGUGGAGGUCAAGCCGAGUUCCAGCUUUUGUUGAAGUUCUAUACUCGUGUCUAUCUAGAUGCCAUCAACAAAGGACUGAACGCCAUCUCCGAUGCUGUACAAUGUGCUAUGGCUUAUCUUUCAAUCACAUUGGACCAAAAAUCGCCUCUUCAUCGGAUCUAUUUGAUCCAUCUACUGGAAAGCAUCAUAAACAAGGGCGAUGUGCCAGAUCUGGAUCAUGAGCGUCACAAAGACAUUGUCUUUUCUGCCGAUGAUAUUACUCCGCUGCUGAAGCCACUUGCUCUGCUCGUAUCUUCUAAGGGUAAUACCAGCGGUGACUCCUGGUCAGUUCUAGAAUAUGAUGACACUAUUCUGUCUUUAUUCCGUGAUGUCUGGUUCAAUAUUGCCAUCCACGGAAUAUCGCUCAGCUCUAUUGUUGCCCAAAAGUAUCACAAGGAGCUUCGCCUUCUCGCGCAUCAUUCCCCGCCAUUGGUUGCCGGAAACCAUAUGGAAUCGCUUGAGAGUGACGUGGAACUUAACACGGUGCUCAGACGCGGCUCAGGGCCACAGCGCAUAAUGGAACAAAAAAGAGCUUUGAUUUCGGAGCUUCCUGGUCGGGAUUCGGAUAUCAAGAGAAUGGACUACCCAAGGGCAGUAUUUCUCAACGCUGUUCUCAUGGUUGAGAGCCUCCGCGCUUCGUCGGGAGACUCUACCAAGAUUCUCGACUAUUUCCUGGACCCUGCACUGACAACCCCUGAGAUGGUUAUCUGCAUGAAUGCCGUCGCAGAAAAAGUGGUAACCUGCUAUCUGUCUCUCACGCUGUCAGGAGAGCACGAUAACUUCUCGGCCCCUUACUUGUCCAAGCAGCUUGCUGAAUUCCUGGUGUCCUGCUGCCAUCGCAUUGAAAGGGUUCAGAGCAUUGCGACUCUGUGCGCUGAUAAGAUUAUUCGCGAAUGCCCUUCGGCGCUAUGCGAAAAGCAUUCUCUCUUUGCCCUGCUUGAAAUUUUGACUGUUAUGUGGUCCUCCUGUUUGCAAGGCGAACUUGAUGAGUUUGAGUGGAAGUCGUCUCUGGUCUCCCCUAUGGGAAUUGUCAAGGUCGAACUGCCUGACAACUAUGCGCUAAGAAAGACGACCCUGGACCGUUUCCAUGCCAAGGCUAGGGCUUGGGUGAUUUCCGUCUUGAACAUCGCCCCAUUAGACAUUAAGGGGUUGCUUCAGACCUAUCUCUCCGAAUAUGAUGACGAUGGCGGCUAUGGACAUAUCUCGAUAGGUCGUUCUUUCGCCCUUGAGAUGGGAUCCAUCAUUCCACAGAGUGACCCGCGACUUGGAUCAAUUGAGGUCCACGGCAGCAGCGAAAUCAAUGUAGCAUCUGAUUUCAUGGCGCUGUACACAACACGUCAAAAGUACCGGCGUCCGGACAUGCCUGCUAUCAACGGCUUGGAUGGCCAAAUCUACAGAAAUCACGACCAAAAUCACCACGUCAGUCUUCUGCCCGAGUCUGCUGACGCUCUAGAAGAGACCCUCGCUAGUCUGUAUAGACGAAGCUUCGACAACGAAGACAUUCCUCUCGUUGAAGUGAGAGAUGCUCUUCGGCAAGCUGCAGGCCUCAUUUGUAGUAGCAGCAAGCCCCGGUUGUCUGUGAUUCACUAUUUGGUUGCUUUGCCUUUCCAGAUUUUCACCAAGCAAACCAUCAAGCUGGGCGUCUCGCUUUGGCUUGGAGUCAUUCACGAGAACCCAAGCACUGAACCACGGAUUUUCUCUGAAGUCAUUGAAGCUUGGGAGAGAAGUAUUAACCGCCGCAAGGGAUUGUUCGACCCUACCUUUGCCUAUCUUGAUCCACUGCACACGAAGAUCGAGCUCCUGCCAACUGACAAGGAUCUUAUGCUUCGAAUGCAACAAAAGGCCCAAGAUACUUUGUCUCCACAUUUGCGAGUUCUUCAGUUCUUUGAGAGUCAUUUCAAUGCUGUCCGCCUGGGCAACCUGCAAGACCAGCAGCUGUUCUGUCGCUUGGUUAGCAGCACUGUCAUUGGUUUGACCAAGACGGAGUGUCAUCCUUUGGCCAGAGAGAUCCAUUUCCGCAUUGUGCUCUUUGGGCUCAAGGUUCUCAGACACCUUAAUCCUUGCAACAGCAGUGCUUCUUGGAAACUCAAGGAUCAGAUUCUCUCUGCUGCUUUGAGUUGGUUCAAGCAUGCUCCGAGAUGGUCCUUUGGAGGCAACAGACUCCAAAUCAAAGCAGAAGACAAGAUUCUCAAUGAUGUAUCAACGGAACUGCGAGGUGUUGCUGGCAUUGCUGCGUUAGCACAGGGAUCUUACAAGUCCUUGCAGGCCAAACAAGACUUGCUGCAGAUCCUCAUUGACAAUGAGCGUACACGUCUUCGGGUUUGGUUGUUCCCCUUGGAGCCCGAGCGCAAGCACCAUAUGCCUGUAAUCGGAGGCAAGAGCCCUGCCGAGGGCCCUGUAUCAUUCCUGCGGCUGGCCUGGGCUGAAAGCCCUGGGCUGGCUAUUCAGAUGGCUACUCGUUUCCCGUCGCCCAAGAUGCAGAGUGAUGUCAGAUGGUUGAUCCUCAGCUUCCCUGAAAAGGUUAUUGAGGAGCCAAGUGCUCUUGAAAUCAUGUUUGACAACAAUCUGCCCGCAGAUGUUACUUUCCAGUUGAAGUUCUUGCUUUACUGGGCUCCUGUCACCCCUACAGAGGCUAUCACGUACUUCUUGCCUGCCUACGGAAACCAUCCUUUCAUCCUGCAAUACGCCAUGCGGGCACUGGAGAGCUACUCAAUGGAUGUUCGGUUCUACUUUGUGCCACAACUGGUCCAGGCUCUACGCUACGAUGCUUUGGGUUACGUGGAGCGCUACAUUCUUGAGACAGCCAAAUUGUCCCAGCUGUUCGCUCACCAAGUGAUUUGGAAUAUGAAGGCCAACUCAUACAAGGAUGAGGAGUCUCAAAUACCUGAUCCACUCAAACCGACUCUCGAUCGUUUCCUGGAGAACCUCAUUUCAAGCUUCUCGUAUGAAGAGCGCGCUUUCUACGAAAGAGAAUUCUCCUUCUUCAAUGAAGUCACUGGCGUUUCAGGAAAACUACGCCCCUACAUCAAGAGGAGCAAGCCCGAGAAGAAGGAGAAGAUUGAGGAAGAGUUGCGAAAGAUCAAGGUCGAGGUCGGAGUUUACCUUCCCAGUAACCCCGACGGUGUCGUUGUUGGAAUUGACCGCAAGUCCGGCAAGCCUUUGCAGAGUCACGCCAAGGCACCUUACAUGGCGACUUUCCGUAUCCAAAAGACCAGACCUCGCCUUGAGAAAGCUGAUGCCACUGGUUCUCAGUCCCAUGAGCACCAGCGGCAGUUGACUAGCCAUUCUCAUUCUCAGUCUCAGUCACAUAAUCAGACUGAGUCUGAUCUUGAAACUUACGAGGUUUGGCAGUCGGCAAUCUUCAAAGUCGGCGAUGACUGCCGUCAGGACAUGCUUGCCCUGCAGAUGAUCGCCGCUUUCCGGAGCAUCUUCACCAGUGUUGGAUUAGAUGUCUGGGUCUUCCCUUACAGAGUGACUUCCACCGCACCUGGCUGUGGUGUGAUUGAUGUGCUACCCAACUCGAUUUCCCGAGACAUGCUCGGUCGGGAGGCUGUCAAUGGUCUGUAUGACUACUUCGUCUCCAAAUACGGAGGCGAAGACUCAAUCCGCUUCCAGGAGGCCCGCACCAACUUCGUCAAGAGUAUGGCCGCCUACUCGGUCAUCUCCUACCUUUUGCAAUUCAAGGACCGACACAAUGGAAAUAUCAUGGUCGAUGACGCCGGCCAUAUCAUCCACAUUGAUUUCGGUUUCUGCUUUGAUAUUGCCCCCGGUGGUGUGCGCUUCGAGCGUGCUCCCUUCAAGCUGACCUCCGAGAUGGUCGCUGUUAUGAGUGGCACUCAUAACCCGGCCCAUCACCAGGGUGGAAACUCGGGCAUCAACCUGCCCGGUGCGAACUCGCACAACCCGACUAAUACCCAGCCUUACCGCUGGUUUGAGUCGCUGGUUGUCAAGGCGUUCCUGGCCUCACGUCCUUACAGCACGAAGCUCGGACAUAUUGUUUCUCUCAUGCUUGACAGUGGUCUGCCCUGCUUCAAGCCUGAGACUUUGAAAAACUUCCGUGAUCGAUUCGUUUUGGAUAAGAGUGAGCGUGACGCUGCGGAGUACAUGCGUGAACUUGUGCGCAAGUCUUACAUGAGUGUGUCGACUAAGGGCUAUGAUCAGUUCCAGCUGAUGACCAACGGCAUUCCUUAUUAA